UUCCGCCCACGGGGCCUCCCGCCGCCGUCGUUGUCCCGCUGCACUCUCUACAUUCUAUCCCUCCGAUUAAUCCGCACAACAUCUCCGCGCGCGUAUGCUCGCCUAGUACGCCCGGUUCACUUUAUCCGAAACUUUUAUCCAUUUAUAUCCGGAUUUAUCCUUGCGCUUAAUCCAAAUAUGAUUCUCAGCUUCUUGCUACUUUAUCUCAGUUCUGAAUCAGUUAGCGGUUACGGUUACAUGAAUAGUUACAACAGACCGUAUGUGGAGAACCACAAGUACUGUGAUGAUCUAUCGCCGUACUUUGGUGAUAUCAAUUUGGAUCAGAUAGCUGGUGUCUGGUACGGUGUGGAGAAGAUACACCAUGCUAAAGGAGAGUACAGGAUUGAAUAUUCGAAGGAGUGCUUUUACGUCGACAUCAAAGAACUUUAUAUUCAGCCUACUCCACCCCCGCUCUACGGCUAUGAUGAACGAUAUCUCGCCAAUAAUAACUACAAUAACAAUCCAUCAUAUAUGCUAACAACAAGCCCUUAUGUGAACAGAAACUUCGGUCUCGAAGAGCCCCACAGAAUACGUCACUUCAUAUUAGAAUGGCACGAAGGUCUAUGGAAAGAUGACUACCAUAUAAAAGUCAACACGUCGCGUAAAGGAUUUUGGCCUACAGAUGUACCGUACGGAUCUGUGGACAAAAUGUACAGAUUCUUCGGCGGCGUGAUACAAGUACUCAAAAUGGGACACAAUCACUUAGUACUAAAUUUUUGCAUGAGGUUACCACACUCUCAACUCUAUAGCGUGAUCCUCUCCCGCCAUGAGCACCAGUUGACGGCUGAAGACCUGGCUAGCAUUCACAAUAUAUUCACCUUGAAGCAUCUCUCUACUUCGUCUAUGAAGAGAGUGUGCGACAACUCAGCUAAUGGCGCUGAAGUGUCGGGUUUCUUGAUUUUGGUGGUUGGUUUCUUAGUUUGGAGAUCUCAAGUUUGAGGUUAGCGAACCAACUUUUUAUGUAGAGUUUUAUUGCUGACUUAACUGUACUCGUUUAUAAUAUUUAUUGUAAGGUUAUAAGUUAACAAGUCCCAUGUGCCUGUACUAGCACCUUUCCCUAUUUUUGUUUAGGCGAAGUUAAGUUCGUCUUAUAUAUCUCAGCUUAACUUACAUUGUAUCCUCAUUAGGGUUGAUGUCCGUGAAAAAUAUAAACUCUACAGAAAAGUUGGUAAAAUCGUAAAGUCUGAGUAUUAUUUUGUAGUCAGUAACUCGGAACAGACUUUUUAAAGUUAAUAUAAGUUUAUAGAAAAGUUAGUAUAAGGUAUAGAAAUAUAUUCUUUGAUUUUUUUUUAUAUGCAUUCUCUGUUUU